AUGGCAUAUCGUUCAAAUGAUGGAUUUAAUUUCUCAUUAAAAGGAAAUUCUAUUCAACAACAAUCUGGAAAUUUAUCUUCACGUCCAUCGAGUGCAAGAAGUAAUUCUCAAUCAAAACAACCAAUUAUACCUUCAAGAGGAGAUAGUGCAAGAGAUCAUCGAAUAAAUACGAAUAUAAGCAGUGCUCGACAAAGACGAUCUAGUAAUAGUAAUCAAAGACCUGCUUGGCUUACAUCACCAACACCGGAUGUUAAACAAUCUACAUCAACAUCAUCUAAUGGAUUUCGUCUAACAAAUUCUCAACAUGACGAUGUUGAUGAAUUUUUUACUGAUCGACAACAAGAACAAGAAUAUUCAUUACAACAAAAAUCUGAUGAUAAAGAAUGGGAUGAUACACGU